AUGUCUGCAGAUUUAUUUGCCGAGUUUAAUAGUCUUUCAGGUAGCUCAACACCUGCACCAACUCAACCACAGCCACAACAUCAUCAGCAGCAGCAGCAGCAACAAGCACCUCUGCCGCCAAAGCCGCUGCAACGCAGCGAGACGCAGAAUCUGUUUGAGCUCUUGGGGAAUACCAACAAUGCUUCACCAGUGAACAGCCAGCCGUGGUCAGGUCUUCAGUCUCAGACAAACACGCAGAACAUAUGGGGAAGUGCCCCGAUCCCGUCGAAGCCGGCGGAGACGAAUGACGACGACGACGAUGGAUGGGGCGAUUUCGAGGUAGCUGAGCCAUCGCAACCUCCGACGGUCAAUGCGACUCCUGCUCAGACUCCAAGCCCUGCUCCAUUCUCUGCUUCAGGUUGGGACACAGGUGAAAGUAGUACGCCGAUCUCUGCGAACACAUCAUCCAUACCAUGGCCCAAACCAAAUCCAGUCUCAGCUGCCGCCGUGGCCCAACGAGCACCUGGUGUGAAGCAACAACCGCCAACUAGAAUUACAAGGGCUUCAACGAUGGACCUUAUGUCCAAUAGUCUUGUUGAUCUUGAGGCUUUGCAAAAUCCUACCGGUGCCACCAAACCUCAGUCUUCGAAGCCCCAAUCUCAGUCACAGGCGCAACCGCAGUCACAGUUUACGCAAGGUUGGGGGCAAGGACCAGUCCAUCAAGAAUCCCCGCAUCCACGGAUGAAAGCAAAGCUCAAGCCGUCUGCACAGGAGGACCCUAGCGUGCUCUUUGAUGCUGAAGAUUUUGAGCUACAAGUCGCUGAAGAUGAAGACGAUGAUGAAGACGAUGAAUUCGGAGACUUUGAAAGUGUCCCCCCUCCAACUACGGUUAAACCGGCUUCCACAGCUGCUCCCAUGAAGUCAACACCGGCCCCUCCGUUGAUGGAUCUCCUUUCCUUAGAUGAGCCAGCUCCGAUCCCCCCCAAACAAACCAGGAAAACCCCACCCGCCCAGCUUCUUGGGCCCCUGGCGUUUGGAGCUACUGCUACAAACUAUCCUCAAGCUCCAAAAUCGCCCUCAUUCCAGGACCGUAACCCUUUCCCAGAACUGGCUAUAAAAACGCCUAUUUCUGCUGAGCCAAAGGAAGUGAAUAAACCAAAAGAAGCAACUCCAGCUACAGCGUGGCCAUCUUUCGAAAGCCCGAUAGAUCCUGAGCCAGCCAAAUUCAAGGAUCAAGAAGAAGAAUGGGAUGCCUGGGAUGAUUUUUCGGCCAGCGACAACAAAAAAGUAACCACCAGCACGAAAACAGCACCUGAAAGUUGGGAUUGGGACGCUGUUGAUGGUGUUCAGCCAUCGCACAGCGAUUCUCAGGGGGAUGCCCCUCCGCCAAUUAACGUCCCACCCCCUUCGGUCAUCCUCUCUGCAUUUCCUGAUCUCUUGAAUUCCGGCACUGCUCUAUUCAAGCCUGUGUCUGGUCAGAGUGCAUCCAUCAAGCAGCGCAUUCUGUCGGACUCGAAAGCUGUGGAGUUUUUAAAGGGCUACGUUCUGUUAGCGGAAACAGCAGCGCGCGUCAUUGCUGGGCGCAAACAACGAUGGCAUCGGGACAAGAUCCUGGCCAAGAGUAUGUCAAUCUCAGCUGCGGGAAGUAAGGGCAUGAAACUAGCAGGAGUCGACAAAACACAGGCUGCACGCGAGGAUCGUGAAGCUGCUGAUGUAAUAGCUGUAUGGCGUCAGCAAGUUGGUCGUUUGCGAUCGGCAGUUGCUGCGGCCAAGUCGGCCGAUAAGGGCCUGACUCUGAAGGUUCCUGAGAUUAGCGAAAACAUGCAGGUGCAUACAGCCAAGAUGGUGCCAACAGCCCCUAAGGCUUGUAUCAUCUGCGGGUUGAAGAGAGAGGAGAGAGUGGCCAAGGUGGACGUUGAGGUGGAGGACAGCUUUGGGGAGUGGUGGGUUGAUCACUGGGGACACAAGGCAUGCAAGAACUUUUGGAUAGAACAUGAACAAAGGCUACGACAACGAUGA